AGCAAACAAUGGUACCAGAGAGGGCUUUUCCCCAAAGCCUCCCCUCCUGGCUCUGGCUCAGAGGAAGAAUGGCCAGCAGCCGGGGAAGAUCCCUCCAAACACCAGGCAUGGACGAUGUGCCUCAUGUCAGGGAGCCUUUCCUGCAGGUAGAGUGGGGCCGCCUCUGCAGCCGCCCUUUCAUGUGUCCUGAGCAACAGGCUUCUGAUGGUCCAUGCCAGAGAAUCCUUCUCCACCGACCAGACUUGGACUCAGCGUGAGUUCCUCCUCCCCAGAGAGGCCAGAGACUUGCCAGGCUUCACCCAGCAACCCUACCACAAGCUGGCCCUGAAGCAGCCACCAUACACAGAGAUGAAGUCUAAGGUUCAUCACCAGGCCCGCUAUCCUUGGAAGGAUGAAACCAAGCACACCUGGGGCUUUCACACGUGGCUUGAUGUGGGGCGUCUGCCUGCCACCUUCCCCACCAGGCCAGACAUACCCUAUGACAGUAAUGUCUGGCGCUGGUUAACCCAUUCCAAUGGCCACCGUCUCCCUGCUGCACAACCUGCCAUUCCUCCGCCCUCCUGGAUGGGCCCACACAGCUUCCUGACCUUCAUCAGCGCUACCCCCAUCUUCAUGGACGUGAACAGAAAGAACCAAGUGAUUGUGAGAACCGUGAGAGAACUGAAGGAGGUGGAGAAACUCAAGCUGAGGAGCGAACUGAGGGCCCCUCCACUCGAUGCCCACGGCAAUAUUCUGCCCCCACCAAACUUCAAGAAGUCUCAGUUCAUCUCUGAUGGCGGAAGGCUUGAGCCUUGGGGCCUCCAGAUCCUACCCAACCCACUUCCCAAUAAUUUCACCAAGAACUGGCCCUGCCCAAACCCGCAGCCGCAUUACCAGGAGAAGGCCCUGAAACUGGCUCGGCUGCCCUGUGUGCCCCUCAGCGAAGACCUGGUGAGGGACUACCAAACCCUGAUAAAGAACCGGGUUGCCAUGCCCCUCUACUACCUGUCCAAGGCAAGACCUGCCAACACAUCAGCCAGAAAGAGGAAAGAAAGCCCUGGAUAUGUUUAAAAGAGCCUCCCGGUGGGAGGAGACCAGAGUGGGCCUCAGAAUACACAGCCUAGCCUGCUUCAGCAAGAAGCCUCAGAAGGCUGAGGACUCCAGCUUCUGAAGAAUAACCUGCCAUCUUCCAGCCUCAUACCACCUCUGUUUCAGGUUUCUGGAGACAUCGCUGAAGCUCUGAAUUGUUCUCUGUUUUCCUUGGCAGACUCGUAUUAGUAUGGGAAGAUUAGGGAAGAGAGAGGGGGUAGGGCAGCUAGAAUUUCUGUAGGCUCCAGCUCUUAAGGUUAGAAUAAGGAGUGGUGAGGUGGUGUGUGUGUGUGUGUAUGUGUGCGUGUGCGCACAUGCGCGUGCGCAUGUGUAUGCUGGGGUGAGGAAGAGGUAUGGUAAGAAAUGUGGGUAAGGAAUUGCAGGUUGGGAAUAUAGCUCAAUGGUACAGCACUUGCCUAGCAAGAGUGAAGUCCUAAGUUCAAUUCCCAUCACACAUACAAAAAAAAAGUUGUCUCUACACUCAGAACCAAUACACAGCGACACUAGGAUUGGUUAGCGGACAGAAAACUUCCUAGGCAGCCGGGCGGUGGUGGCACAGGGAGGGCUCCCUGCAGAAUUUGGUCACAGGCAGUGCUGGAGACUCAAGCCUGAGGAAGGCAGCUGUUCCUCAGCAGGGCAAGAGCGGAACAAGGAGACUCCAGGUGUAGGAGGCACUGAGGCCCUUGUGCUCACGGAGAAGCACUCAGGGAACCAGGAAUGUUAAACACACAGGCUUGGCUCUUCAAGGGGAGAAAUGUAUAACCCAUUUUCCACCCAGAGGGCUGGUUAAUAGCCUUGUGACCUUUGUGCUAUCUGUGUGGCUGAGACCACGCCGGCUCCUCCCCAGACCCUUACAAUGAGCUUGUUUUUCUCAAUUAAUCCAUGGAACCCAUCUUUAUGGAAGAAGAUGUCACUUGUGCUUUACAAAGAGUUUUGAUGUAGUCAUGUCUUGAGCUUUAUGGUUCAGAGGGAUUUAGUUACCAGAAAAAAUGAUGCCAAAUUGUGCUGUGCUUAAAUAUGCCUAAAAUAAACUACUCGGGGUCAGGAUCCCGAAGUUUGAAUCAACACCAGCUACUGCGUUGUGCUGAACCAAACUACCUUCCAAGACAUAACAAAACAACAAAACAAAAAUGCACAAGAGGCUAAAGAGGUGGCUCAGUAAUUAAGAAUGCUGACGAUUCCUACAGAGGACUCAGGUUCACUUUCUAAGCACUCAGGAUGGUAGCUGACAACUGUUUUCACUGCAGUUCUAGGGGAUCUGACACUCUCUUCUGGCCUCC